AUGAGUGGCGCUUCGCUGACUGCUCUCGGCUCUGGCUAUCUGGCUGCUCCACGCGGUUUUUGGCGUUUGUUUCUCGUCGGCUCGUUGAAGACAGCCUCGAGAGAGCGAGAGGGAAGAGCGAGGAAGAGGCACGAGUUCGCUUUUCCCCAGGAAAAAACGAAGAAAUUCCAGCGGAAGGGUCAAGCGGACGAUGACGACGACGUUGCAGAGUUGCGCUGCGGCGCGUGUCUUCUUCACGGCGGUCCGAGCAAAAGCAGAGAAAGGGCAGACGACAAGCUCCGCAUGGGAGGCGAAAGAAAGGCGGCGAUUCCCACCGCUAGUCAGAGACUGAGUCUCUUUUUUUCCGCAUUGAGCCUUCUCGAGGUGCUCUUUUGGCAGUUCAGGUGGACGCACAGAGCUGGGGCGCUGCCUCGAGCGCGCCUUUUCGGCCGCGCCCCCGUCUCUCUGUUUCCGAGUCCUGCCGCGUCUUUCAUAACCGCCGGUCUUCCUGCGCUUCCUCUUUGCUCACUUGCCGGAGUCCUCCUUGUUCCUUUCUCCGUUCAUCCGGACGCCUGGGUCGCAGCUUCUCUUCUGUUCUGUCUGGCAACAAGCAGAUAG